CGCAGUGCUACUUAGCGGGAGCGCCGAGGACGAGAGAGGCCCUCCGGACCAUCUGUUGGGCUGCCGCGCUAAGAUGGCGGCUGAGGGGCCCGAGGCGCCGGCCAGCCCCACGCGCGGUGGCACCGAGGGUUGCGAGGAGAGUCUGGGGGCAGAAGUAGAAGCAGCUGUAGGCCCUGACCAAGACGUGAUUCCCAAGCCAGCAAGCAACGGUGCCCCAAAGGCAGACGAGGCAACACCAGUAGAAGGUUGUAACGGAGUCAACAUGGAGGCCAGCACUCCAACACUGAAAGCUGAGGUUGCUAAGGAAGAAGCCCCUCAGCCUCCUACCCCUGAUGUGGUGAUGCACAUGGCGCUUAACCCUCCCAUGGAGGAGGUCUCCAUCACAUAUCCUCUGGAGUUUGAGCGGUACUGGCGAGCCGCUCAAGAGAACCCACUUGACUUCACUGCAUGGACUGAUCUGCUUCAGUAUGUGGAGCAAGAGAAUCACAUUUAUGCAGCCCGCAAAGCCUUUGAUACCUUCUUUCUACGUUACCCUUACUGCUAUGGCUACUGGAAAAAGUAUGCAGAUAUGGAGCGUCGCUUUGACUUUAUCAAGGAGACAGAGGAGGUUUUCCAGCGAGGGCUGCAAUCUAUCCCACUCAGCAUGGACUUGUGGAUCCAUUACAUCUCCUUCCUACAGUCUACCUUGGAUAUGAACCUCCCUGACUCCGUGCAGAAGAUCCGUGGCACAUUUGAAGCCUCUAUAGCCGCUGCAGGAGUGGAUUUCCGUUCAGACAAACUCUGGGAGAUGUAUGUGGAAUGGGAGAGAGAGCAGGGUGACCUGAAAGCCAUCACAGCGAUUUAUGACCGAGUGCUCACCAUGCCGACUCAGUUGUACAGCCACCACUGGGAAAAGUUCAAGGAACAUGUCGCCAGCCACCCCCCGCAGGACAUCCUGUCCACUGAGGAACUGUUGUGGCUGCAGUCGAAGAUGGCCUCUGAGACAGUGGCCAAAACCGCAGAAGCAGAGGCAGAGGAGGCGCCGCCUGGGGAGGACGUGCCACUGAAGGCAGAAACCCAGCAGGAAACUGGAGCUGGAGAUGGGAUCCAGAUGUUGGGCCAUAUGGACCAGGAUAAGAUUCGGGAACUUGUAAUUUCUAUCCGCCAGCAGAUCCACACCCAGAACGAAACGGAAGUCAGCAAGCGAUGGAAUUUCGAGGAAGGGAUUAAGAGGCCCUACUUCCAUGUAAAACCACUCGAGCGAGCACAGCUGCGGAACUGGCGGGACUACCUGGAUUUUGAGAUUGCCAGUGGCUUGCACGAACGUACCAUUGUGCUCUUUGAGCGAUGUGUCAUUGCUUGUGCCCUCUACGAAGAGUUCUGGGUCAAGUAUAUUAGGUACCUUGAAAACCACAGCAUUGCUGGGGCUAGGAGUGUCUUCCAGCGAGCUUGCUGUUACCACCUUCCUCGCAAGCCCAACAUCCACCUUCUGUGGGCAGCAUUUGAAGAGAGAAACGGAGAAGUAGAGGAAGCCCGCAGGAUCUUGAAAUCAUUUGAGGAUUGUGUGCCUGGCCUUGCCAUGGUGCGCUUACGGCGAGUGAGUUUGGAGCGCCGGCAGGGAAACAUGGAGGGGGCAGAAGCACUCUUGAUGGAAGCUAUCCGGGACAAUGAGGGGAUGCCCGUGUCGUCGUUCUACUCUGUUAAACUGGCUCGGCAGGUGUUGAAAGUGCAGAAGAAUCUGAUCAAAGCUCGGAAGAUUCUCUUGGAGGCAUUGGAGAAAGAUCCGGAUAAUGCCAAGCUCUAUGCCAAUCUCUUGGAGAUGGAGUUCAGUGCUGAUGUGCGGCAGAAUGAGGGCAACACCAUGAGCAGCUUCGACAGAGCCCUGACCAGUGGCCUGCCCCUGGAGACAAAGAUAAUUUUCUCCCAGCGCAGGGUGGAGUUUCUUGAGGACUUUGGGUCCAGCAUAAACAGCUUGUUGACAUCAUAUGAUGAACAUCAGAAGCUCCUGAACCAACAAGUGAUGAGGAAGAGACUCCUGGAAAAUGGCAGUUCUGAUGAGGCAGAUGAGAAGCGAAUGAGACUCGAAGAGACUGCUGCAGGAGGCAAUCUUGCGGUUGCUGCAACAACUGGUAUCACACCCUUGAUGGCGGCAGAUGUGAGCAACAGUGGAACUGGAGGUUACAACUACAACACUUGGUACCAGAACUAUAGUGGCUAUGGGUACCAGAACACGUGGAACUACAAUCAGUACUAUCAGCAGAGCUGAAAGGGACUGGAGCGAGACGCCAGCAGUGAUAAUGACCGGCAGCUGCUGCUACUCGUUUGAUUACCAAGUAGAUACAAACUGAAGUCUGGCCAUGACCUGUAGCCUUCCCUCUGGCAGCUGUGCAGAGAUAAAAUGGAACUGCUCCCAUCUAAAAACCGACUUUCCUCCUUCCCCCGCAUUGGUGUAACAAGCUGCCCUCUGUGUUAUCAUCAGCCCCAAGGGGAACAUGUUGCCAGUGGAUCAGGAACGGAGAUUUGAAUCAGUUUGCUUCAAACAGUCCUGAGGCAGCCCCAACUCUCCUGAGAUAGACCUUUUGAGGUCUGAAUUUCAAAUCUGACCAAGGACUGCGUCUGCCCACAGGGGCGGGACUUGUGUGACAAAAUUAGUUUAACUUAAAAGAAUAAUCAGAACAGGAUCCCAGGUUUUUUGUAAACUUUCCUCUCCCCUGUACAUUUCAUGUGUGGCAACUUAUGUAAAUAAACAAGAAUUAAUUACAA